CAUGAUGGAAGGUGUACAAGAUGGCGGCUGUCGGGUGCAUGGAGAAUAGUGGGGAUAAUAACAGUGAAGAAAGACAGGACAACUGUGUCUCUGAUCUACGUGAAAUGUGCAAGAAAAAUGGGUUGAACCACAAAUUUAAUUAUGAAGAAAAACCAGGUGAUUGUAUCAAUGCAAAGGAGAUGAUUUUGGAGAAACUAACAAGGAUCAAUGGUACUAACAAACACAAUUCAUUCACGAAACCAUCGAUUCCAACACUUCGGUCGCGUGGGGAGAGAGUGUCCGGGGGGCAAGACUCGCCCCGCCGGACAAGGAGGUUGUCCAAGCAGGAUCAAGCUGAGCCACGAGUCAUGGAGUUGGAUUCCUGCAGGGGAAGGAUCGGUGAUGCUGUGCUAGUUAGCAACAACAUGAGAGACUGUAAGGAGGAGGAGCAGGAGACGCCGCAGUGCACUUUCCCCUGUGUGGACCUGUUCUCCGACAAAAAUGGAGUGUCCAGUUUGUCGGAAGAGAAAGAGAUUACGAGACUAGUGGAGGGGGGAUGUGCAUCAGAACAGGUGACCCCCGACACGUCGCGUUCGUGUACACCUUUAUCCAUCGGUGGGAGCUGUGUGCUCAGCCCCAUAAGCAAGGACAGUCGGCCGGCAGACACGCAGUGUAGUUGUAAAGAGACUUAUGUGGCAUGUAAAUGGAAGGACUGCGACUGUGGGCUCGAACCCCCAGCCCUCAUGGACCAUAUCAGACAGUGUCAUGUGGACACGCAAAGUGGCGAGACUUAUGUGUGUCUGUGGCAGGGGUGUAAAGUGUAUGACAAAAGCUCGUGUUCUAGAUCAUGGCUUGAAAGGCAUAUACUAAGUCACAGCGGCGACAAGCCGUUUAAGUGUAUAGUGGACGGUUGUGUGAUGAGAUUCACCUCCCAGAAAGGACUGGAACGCCACGUAAAUAGUCACUUCGCCGUGCAGCAAAGCAACAGCAACCGCACACAAAAGUCCCGUGAGGACACGCCAACCAAAUUGUGGCGCCGUAAAAAGUUAAAACGGCGGCGCCAUACGGCAGUACGGACGACCGACUUCUUUGACUCAGGAAUCAUAGAGCAGUUACAAAAAGAGCUGAUGAACUUCACAGAGCACACUCACAUUGAUCUCAACGGCAGCUCAAACUCUGUCACAUUCCACAGUUCUGUCCUGGCCAGACGGAGGGAAGAAUCAGGCAAAGUCAAAGUGCUACUUCAUUGGUCACCAGAAGAUAUUAUACCAGACAAAUGGGUGCCAGAAUCGGAGGUGCCAGAGCUACACACGUGUACCAUUCCUGUUCGCCAACUACCUCAGGACACUGCCCUUGGUCUCCAUCCCUCCCUGUACCGCCGCCACAGGUACCGCAAACACCGCAGGAAAUGACCACCGGCGAGCUAGGCAGGCCAACUCACCAAAAGUACUUUCAUGUGCAAAGACCAAAAGCAAAGACUACAGAAGACUUAUUUUACACCACUGCGAGACAAAUACUAUUUUUAUCAUGAGCCUAAUCAAUGUUGACCUUACCCUCACGCCACCUGCUUUUAGUGCUGUCCUCCAAAUGUUGGCAGUAUGGGGAGGGGACUUAACAGCUACCAACUGUUGGCAGUAUUGGGUGGGAACUUUACAGCUACCAACUGUUGGCAGUAUGGGGAGGGGACUUUACAGCUACCAACUGUUGGCAGUAUGGGGAGGGAACUUUACAGCUACCAACUGUUGGUAGUAUGGGGAGGGAACUUAACAGCUACCAACUGUUGGCAGUAUUGGUUGGGAACUUAACAGCUACGAACUAUUGGCAGUAUGGGGAGGGAAUUUAACAGCUACCAACUGUUGGCAGUAUUGGGUGGGAACUUUACAGCUACCAACUGUUGGCAGUAUUGGCUGGGAACUUUACAGCUACCAACUGUUGGCAUUAUUGGGAGGGAACUUUACAGCUACCAACUGUUGGCAUUAUUGGGAGGGAACUUAACAGCUACCAACUGUUGGCAGUAUUUGGUGGGAACUUUACAGCUACCAACUGUUGGCAGUAUUGGGUGGGAACUUUACAGCUACCAACUGUUGGCAUUAUUGGGAGGGAACUUUACAGCUACCAACUGUUGGCAUUAUUGGGAGGGAACUUUACAGCUACCAACUGUUGGCAGGAGGGGGAGGGGAUCACCAACUGCUAGAAAUAGGAGAAAGGACAACAAUCUUUGGCAAUACAGGGAAGAACAUACUGGCUGUUGACUGCAAACUGUUUCUAGAAAGAAGAGGAGAUUAACUGCUGGCAAGGGAGGGAGGGACCUACCAACUGUUGGCAGUAUAGGAAAGGGGUCAUCAGCUCUUGACAAUAUAGGGAGGGGCAUAUCUACUGUUGGCAAUAUAGGGAGGGGACUACCAACUGUUGGUAGUAUAGGGAAGGGACUACCAACUUUUGGCAGUAUAGGAAAGGGACUACCAACUUUUGGCAGUAUAGAGAGUGGACUACCUUUUAGCAGCAGGGGUGAGGGAGCGGGCGGAUUGUUUUUUUAUUGGGAAUUAUUUAAAAGGACAAUACAUAGAUUGGAUUCCUAUUAACCUCAGGGUUUUAAUAUUAAAAGAGAAAAUAUGAAAUGCAAAUAGAUUUUUGUAUAUUGUUUUAUCAUGAAAUGAUUGAUACCAUUCAUCAUCAUAGUCAUUUUCAUCAUCAUUUAAAACUUAUCUGCUGCAAUAAGAACAAAAAUGGCCCAGAUUUUGCAAGUUGUCACAUCAGAUGAGAAUGCAAGAUUGUGAGACUGGGAAAAAGGCUGAUAUAAAACACGAUAUGUAUAGAACUAUACAUUUAAAGCUGUUUACGGAGUUACAGCAACCAUGAACAAAUGAUGUGAAUAUAGAUUUACUAUAUGAAUUAUGUUAUAAUAUGAAUUGCAUGUGUUUAAAGACUGAAUCAUGAGUAUGGUAUAGACACAUAUGUACUAUGUACAAACCAUGAAAAACAAGAAAACAGUCAACUUGUAUUGAGUUUGUCACAAGUGAGUGUACGGUGGAUUGGAAUCUGCAGUGAGAGGACUUUACCUGUACAAAUAAAUGGAACGUGAAGAAGGAUUCAAUAGUAUUGUUGAUGAAACUAGAUAUAUACAGAGUUAUGCUUUGUUGGAAGCCUAGAUUUCUAGUGUACGGUGCGGUGUCUGUUUAAGGACUGCCCCACAGGGUCAUGACCAGGGCGAGCUCUAUAGUACUACUGCUCCACAUUACAUGGGGGAGGUACUGAGUAGCACUUGUUGUACAUACUGUAUUGUAAUGAUCGGACAAACCCAGAUUUACACAAAAAAUUGUUACAUGUUUUAAGUAACCUUUUACAAAAAUAUCAAAUAAAGAGUUUUAACUGCUAUUACAAAAAGAUGCGGACUAUUGAUAUCAAACUUGUUUGACCUUCAAAUUUGAAGAUGUCCGAUCGUGACAGCAGAGGAACCAAGUUUGUCUAAGUGAUUUGUAGUAUAAUGUUUGCUUUGGAAGUGUACAAAUGUGUCGUUGAUUUUGUACAGAUACCCGUGCUGACGUGUGGAGGUCUCGGUCCUACUGGUUAACUGUAAUAAACAUGGUGUCGAUCCACUUGUCUGGAUCUAUUCUGACUAAUAGAGGAGGGGAUCAAACACUAGUUCUAUUCUGACUAAUAGAGGAGGGGAUCAAACACUAGUUCUAUUCUGACUAAUAGAGGAGGGGAUCAAACACCACAGUAUGGGGUUGAAUUAGGAUUUUUUUGUUAGCAAAAUAAAAAUAUUUAUGAUUCAUAAUUCUACUGAUAUUAUGAAUAUGUGAUGACUGAAGUAUUGUUGCAUGGUUUAAAGGAUUGUAAUAUUAAAUGUUACCCGUAGCCUGGGGUUGAUUAAUUAAUUUACAUUUAUUCAUCUGUAAAUGGGCUAAUGAUAUUUUGUUGAUUUGUUCUCUCCUUUGUUGUUACUGUAGCUUUUUAUGUUCAUGGUUAUUGUAGAUAUGUACGUUAUUUUUAAAUAUUCUCUUGUUUGUGAACCAAUACUGGAAGGAAAUAGAUUCAAACCCUGUUAUUCUGAUCCCUAAUAUGUACUUAUGUAAUUUUAAAUUACACUUUUAAUGUUCAGAAUUAAAAACUAGAAUAUCCAUCAUUAUUUAACCACCUAAAUGUUGUUUUACAAGUUUUUGAUGACAGAAUCGUUUUUGAUGACAGAAUCUUAAGAAAAGUGAUAUUUUUUAGAGGAUUGUUUUAUGAGUCUGUAAUAAUGUUUUGGUAAAACCCUUUAUCAAAGUAAAGGGACAAUUUCUGGUGAAGCUAGGAUCCAUGAGCUUGAGCUGGUAAAUAAUUACUGCCCACAUGAAAGGCUAAAAAUAUGUUUGACUUUCAGGACAAAAUACAGAUCAGUGAUGACUAGGUAGGGGUAGAUGAGACAUGUGUUAGAACUAUUGCCUUCCUCCAUGGUUCACAAUCCUCCUCAGGACCAACCCAAACCUAGGCUGUAUAUUUUACCUAUUUUCUGUUGAUAUAAUCUGUAUAUUUAAGAGGUAGUUUCACUUAAUUUUGUACAUAAUUAUUUCUACUUUUGUUGUUUAGUCAAUAUGUUUGCCCUACUAUGGUAGCGUCUACGCCUGCCGUUCUACACAAUAACAAACACCUGAAUCAGUACAUUGUUUUAUGAGGACCGGCUCUGUAACUAUAAUGCUACCGUAAUUGAUGUAGCUACAUAUUUGCUCAGCAGUAGCUGGUGUUCCUACAUACUCGAGUGUUACUAGGCUUGAUUUACAUGGUUACUCUUACUUGUAGGUGGUCAUUGAUCAAAUGUCAGAUCAUUUACAACACAAUAUUUUGUAUAUUUUGACAAAAUUGUUUCAUUUUAAAAGAUUUUUGUACAGUUGAAGGCCAGUGUUUGUUAUUUUACGAUCUCAAGUGUACGCAGUGUUUCUUUGAAACAACAUUGACCAAAGUGGGAUUUUCUGGACUGAAUUUUACAUCUUCAUAAUGUAAACAAGUGCAGCUAAACUGUCUCCUUGGCUCAAUGAGAUAAAAACCAGUGGUGAUUGGAACUCUGAUAUGGUGAUGAAAAACCAGUUUUCAAUUGAGUUGACAAUAUAUGAAUUGAUUGACGUCUUCGGUAGGACAGUCCCCAGGAACUGAUAACUAAGAAUAGGUUUAUGAAGUUAGGAAGUAUAUCAUGUACCAAGUCAUAAAUUAGUAUACAAAUACCAUUAUCAACAAUUAAAUCACAAUAUGAAAUGUACUAGUUUAUGUAAGAAACAGCUCAACAAGCUCAAAUAUUGUUUAUAAUUCAUAGACACCCAUAAUACCUAACACUGAAUGAUAAUACCUCAUAAAAAUCAAACGGUAAAAUUCUUGUCUAUUAGCUCCCUCUCCAUGAAAAACCUGCUCCAUUGUCUUCCAACUAAAGAAAAAUAUGGAAGGGAAUGUCUACUGGCCAAUGAUUAGCACUUGUGACCCAUUCUUGAUGAAUUGAUGAAAUAUAGAGGUAUCCUUAGGGGUCUAUUAACAUAUCUUCAAUGUCCGGUGGUAUUGGCAUUAUAACAACUUAUGUACAUCACAGAUGUUUGUUUCUGUUUUUUCAUUGGAUAUGAACAGAACAAGACCAAGCAUAACAUGUUUUACUGGUGAAUCCCAAGAUAUUUUGCUGUCCACUUGGUCUUUUCUUUAUAUAUAAUUUGGCAUGGAUUUAUUCUCACUUCAUACUGUGAGAUGCGAAACUCAAAAUUUAUUCUAGACUUUUUUCUGAAAAAUUUGUUAUAAAAGAGAGAGAGCAAUUGUCAAUAAAUUAUUUGUACUUUCAUCAAGAUAUCAACCCAUUAAACACAUCAUUUUAACAAAAACAUGUUUACCUUUGUUUUUGAUCGGUGACAAGUCUUUUGAUUCAUUAUGUGUUCGAAACUCAAAUCAAAUAUGAUAGCUACACCAGUAGAUCAUACACAUGUCACAAAGAGUGUUGUCAACAGUGUGGAUGGAUUGUGUCACAAUUCAUACUUUGAAUGGAAUAAAGAUUUGUUUGAAAUAACUAAGCAAUCUGGGACUUGUAUAAUUUGUGUUAAAUAUGUAGCUUUGUUUUCUCUAUAUUAAGAAACCUCAUCCCAUAGGUUUGUUAUUUCUCUGUUAAAUGGUUUAUAGGAGUGAAAGACAAAGAUAACUCUGCUGUAGUAACAAGUGUGCAAGUCUCUGUUUAUUUUUUAUUUUUCCAAAAAAUAGAUUUUCAAUGCAAAAAUUCUUAAGAAAUUUGUACAGAAUAUUUUGAAUAUAUUUGUUCCUCAUCUAGAGAGAAAUAAGAUGUCACCAGAAAGUCUUUGGGAUUAAUUAAUGACAAACUUGGUACGGCCCAAUACCAUGUGACUAAUCAUAGGCUUGUCGUGGAUCGGGAUCAUAACCAUCCCAGUAAUCCUCUUUAUACCGUUAGGGAUCUUUGCCAUGUAUUCAUUUUGAUUCCGGUAGUUUUAUAGAAACAAAACAAACAAAAAACAACAAAAAUCCAAAAUCAGUUUGUGUUGAAUGAAUAAAAAUUAGUUUUCAUUUUUAAAAAAGUUUUAUUAAUCAAAAUGAUACAUUGAUGAUCAAAACAUAUAAUGGUACUGUAAUGGGCAAUUCUAUUCCAUUAAUCCCAAACAUCAUAGAAAGUAAAAAAGAUGUUCCAGAAUUUUUUGGAAGAUUAUUAAUGUCAUACUUGCAAAUUUCACUUUUAUACACUUUGGUUGUUAACAUCUGUUCAAAAAACCAGGUCGUUGUUUUCUUAUUGUGAGAGAUCUUCUGUUUUUUAAGAGAUUGCGUAUCAAGUACAUGCAAAGAGACAAAAUCUAUUUUCUGCUAAUCUUUUCUGACAUGUCAUCCAAAUAGUUCAAACACUAAGGGAUGACUAGUAUCUCUUUAUUUUUUCCCCUGAAACAGGUUUGUAAAGAAAUGAGAUUGCCUUUAUGAACAUGCUCAAAUAAAUUAGUAUUAUAACAGGUAUGAGAUUAUAUCAUCAGGAUAACAGUUAACACUCCACCAUUGCUGGAACUCAGGGUAUAACUUAUCACUAGCACGUACGACUCAAGCUUACACUCCAGUUUGUCAGAUCUAGAUAUUUAAAACCGUAUUGAGCGAAUUGUCGAAUAUAAUAGUCCGGUAAACCUGGGAAAAUUAGCAAAAUGAUGGAAUCAAAAAAUUGCAUUUCUGAUGAGAAAUGUUAUGUAAGUAGUAUAGAUAUGUUCUCUAAAAAUGUACAUUUUCCCCUAACAUAUGAUGUAUUUUCAUUUCUAGCUACAAGUAAACAAUGAAGCCAGGUAUUUUUGUUCCCAUAUCAAGAUAGAACUCUGAUCAUGAGUUUCCAAGUAAUAUUGUUACUAUACUCUGGUAGUUUGGGACGAAAUUUUAAUUAAUAUAUUUUCAGUAUGAGGUUUUAGACAUCGGAAAAUGUUUGUUUUAUAAUGAUCAGCCUUAAAUGAAGGUGUAUAAAUGACAUGUAGAGUGAGUAUUGAUGAAGUGGUCACAAAUCACACAGUGUCGAAAGUAUCCGGUAGAAAUUUUACAAUUACCAGAUAACACCUGAAGGGAGGCUAUUCAAAUUCUGUGUAUUCUUCAGGACCUACAAGAUCGUGAGAUAGUUAGCGUCAAUCCUUUUUAUAACGGACGAUCGUGAGAUGGUUAGCGUCAAUCCUUAUUAUAACGGACGAUCGUGAGUGGUUAGCGUCAAUCCUUAUUAUAACAGACGAUCGUGAAACAGUUAGCGUCAAUCCUUAUUAUAACAGACAAUCAUGAAAAGGUUAGCAUCAAUCCUUAUUAUAACAGACGAUCGUGAAAAGGUUAGCGUCAAUCCUUAUUAUAACAGACGAUCGUGAAAAGGUUAGCGUCAAUCCUUAUUAUAACAGACGAUCGUGAAAAGGUUAGCGUCAAUCCUUAUUAUAACAGACGAUCGUGAAAAGGUUAGCGUCAAUCCUUAUUAUAACAGACGAUCGUGAAAAGGUUAGCGUCAAUCCUUAUUAUAACAGACGAUCGUGAAAAGGUUAGCGUCAAUCCUUAUUAUAAUGGACGAUUGUGAGAUGGUUAGCGUCAAUCCUUAUUAUAACAGACGAUCAUGAAAAGGUUAGCGUCAAUCCUUAUUAUAACGGACGAUCGUGAGAUGGUUAGCGUCAAUCCUUAUUAUAACGGACGAUCGUGAGAUGGUUAGCGUCAAUCAAUAUUAUAACGGACGAUCGUGAGAUGGUUAGCAUCAAUCCUUAUUAUAACGGACGAUCGAGAGAUGGUUAGCUUAGGUUCAACAUUACAAAGAUAACUGGAAAUCCCACACACGGUUUUUGUAGAGUUUCACUGAAUGUUAAGCCUUAACUUGAUACUCACUUGAUACUCAGCAAUAUUUCCAGUACAGUAUCAACAAGAACAUUUGCCCAAUCAUUAAUUGGUACUUAUUAUUUGUUGUUAAUUAAAGUUAAGUUCAACUUAAUGAUGUAUGGUUUCUGUGACAAAGAAGUAUGCACUAUGUUUUGUUGUGAAUACAUGACUUUGUAAACGGUGAAGUGACUGUAACUACAAUGGCAUCAAAACCAUCACCAAGGUUACCUCAGCAACACAUUGUUUUAUAUACUAACAAAUUAAAACAAUGGAAAAACUGAUGAACAAUUUUCAUGAAUAUGUUUUUGUUUGUGUGAUUAUGCUUAUCUAGGUAUUCACAAUACAAUGUUGUUCAGAUUUAUGAGGGGAAAAAAGGCUUAUAAAUUUACAUACAUUACCUGGUAAUGUGUUAAAAGAUUAAACACAAUAUCUUGGAUUUAACUUUCCUCCUAGAUUAGCGAGUAAAAAAGUAUUUUACAAGAUGGAGUAAUUUAAAGUAUUAACAUUUGGUGAAUUAAAAAAAAUGAAAUGAUGUGAUCACCAAAAGAAGUGGUUGUUUCUGUAUAUUUGGUUAUAAUUCUUGUUUACUUUACCACCAACUACACAACUGUUAAUACUGCUAUACAAUUGUGUAGGACUUGGUGUGCGGGUGUGUUUUACCACUGUAACGGUUUACUGAUAUAUAUUAGGUUCAUCAAUUGUUUUUUACCUUACCACAGCAGUGAAAUAUGUAUAAUUAAUUAGGUGUUAUUGAUACUGAAUAUUUUCAGACUAUAAUGUAACUUAAGUUGAAACCUAAAGAACAGGUGAGAAACGUGUACAAGUUAAUGGUAUGUACAAAUAAAUGUGAUUUGAUGGAGAGAUGUACAUUUUUUAUCUCCAUUCUGUUGGCAUUAAUUAGAAAGCCAAUCAUUUCUCACAAUGCUGUAUAAGAUAGUUUGGGUUUUAUAAGUAAAUCUAUUUAUUACAGUUGUGAGUGGUAAACAGCUGCUCUGUAUGAUAUACAAUUGGAGACCUCCAUGGAUGUGAUAGAUCCUCUGAUGUAAAUUACUAUUUUUAACUGCCUUGUCAAUCUUUCAGGUUGAGCUAGCUUAGUGGCCUUGAGCCGGUUAUAUCAUAAAUGCCUUUUCUGUUUUCCUACAUGACAGUACCAGCUACCAAUGUACAGCUACAUAGUAGACUGGAACAAUCGGGGGAAAUCCUUAUGGGAUUGCUCUGUACUUUUUAAUACUGUACUCUAGUGAAGUCAUAGCGCCUGAAUUCUAUAUAAAAACACUUAACAAGUGCCUGUAGGUCUAAAAGAUCAGGAAACGCUAUCCAUUGGUCAAACAUUCAACGUUCUGGUCAAUAACUAGACAAACCUGGUCACAUUGUACUUAGCAGCGUCCUCACCCCGUGUUGCAAUAGGUUCUUGUGCAUCAGAGGGAUGCUGUAGGAUCACCCAUCGUACCCAACCAAAGACAUCCUGUAGUGGGAUUCCAUUUUUUGAAAAUUAAGGAUAAGGUUUUCUAUUGAACAAUUCUCUUCCAUAAACAGACAUUAAUCCAAUACACUCUACAUAAAUACUUAUGUUUGUAAGAAGUUACAUACAUUCUACGCCAAAGUUUAGAUGCAAGGGUAAUCGUAGGAUUGUAGAAACAAACAUUGAUAUGAUUUUACUUAAGUCUAUCUCUACUGCAUGUCUGUCACUCACAGAGAUGUCAGCCGUCCCCUUAUUCAUAAACACAUUAAUGUGUACACAGGGUGCUACACUACAUACUAGGUUACUUGUAGCUGUGUACAUAUGUAACAUCAUGUAUGUUGCAUUCAAAUACUGACUUGUAUGGUACACUGCAUAAAUGUAUUUUGUAUGCCUGACACCAGUGUCAGUCAGGUUUCCAAUAGGUGUGCUUUGUACGCUACAUGUGUAUGGUACACCUCAUACAGUUUUUGUAUGGAAUAUAUUUGUCAACAAGGUGUCCGAUGGAUGUGUUUUGUAUGCUACAUUUACAGCUGUUUUUGUAUGGGAUAUAUCUGUCAUCAAGGUGUCCGAUAGAUGUGUUUUGUAUGCUACAUUUACAGCUGUUUUUGUAUGGGAUAUAUCUGUCAACAAGGUGUCCGAUAGAUGUGUUUUGUAUGCUAUAUUUACAGCUGUUUUUGUAUUGAAUAUAUCUGUCAACAAGGUGUCCGAUAGAUGUGUUUUGUAUGCAGCUACAUGUAUUCAGUAUUGUAUGGUCCAAACAUGCAUCAAUUAGGUACAUAUAUGUACAUUUGUUAGGUACAUACCUGUGUCAGUGUGGUAAUCACCAUAGCUGUACAUUUGUAAGGUACAUAUGUAAGGUACAUACCUCUGUCUUUGGGGUAUAUCCCAUUGGUACACUUGUUAGGUACAUGUGUCUUUGUAAGGUACAUGUGUCUGUGAGGUACUCACAAUAGCUGUACAUUUGUAUGGUACAUAUGUAAGGUACAUACCUGUGUCUGUGAGGUAUAACCCAUAGAUAUAAUUUGUAAGGUACAAUCCCGUGUCUUUGGGGUAUAUCCGAUAGAUAUAUUUUGUAUGGUACAUUUGUAAGGUACAUACCUGUGUCUUUGGGGUAUAUCCCAUAGAUAUAUUUUGUAUGGUACAUUUGUAAGGGACAUACCUGUGACUUUGGGGUAUAUCCCAUAGAUAUAUUUUGUAUGGUACAUUUGUAAGGUACAUACCUGUGACUUUGGGGUAUAUCCCAUAGAUAUAUUUUGUAUGGUACAUUUGUAUGGUACAUACCUGUGACUUUGGGGUAUAUCCCAUAGAUUUACAUUUGUAUGGUACAUUUGUAAGCUACAUACCUGUGUCUUUGGGGUAUAUCCCAUAGAUAUAUUUUGUAUGGUACAUUUGUAUGGUACAUUCCUGUGACUUUGGGGUAUAUCCCAUAGAUAUAUUUUGUAUGUUACAUUUGUAAGGUACAUACCUGUGUCUUUGGGGUAUAUCCCAUACAUAUGUUUUGUAUGGUACAUUUGUAAGGUACAUACCUGUGACUUUGGGGAAUAUCCCAUAGAUAUAUUUUGUAUGGUACGUUUGUAAGGUACAUUCCUGUGUCUUUGGGGUAUAUCCCAUAGAUAUAUUUUGUAUGUUACAUUUGUAAGGUACAUACCUGUGUCUUUGGGGUAUAUCCCAUAGAUUUAC